AAAGUUAAGCUACCUUAUUGAAUGUCCUAUCAGUCUAUUUACAGCUUUACCAUUGAAACCCGAGUAUAAAUACUGCUCAAAAUCAUGUUUGAAAUACAACAGUAGAAUAAUAUGGAUGCCUUUACUUGCAGUAUUCUCAUCUCAAUCUUAGCUUCUAUUACUAUAACAAUCCUCUUUUUUGCUUCUAAAUCCUCUUUUUCGAUAUUUUUUUCGAACCUGGAAGAAUCUCUUCACGAUAGAAUGGCUGAAAUCCUCGAACGAAGCGAGAGUACGAUUCACUUCCAUCAAUAUUCAUGGCUCACGGGCGCCAAAAUCCUGAUCACCAGUGACCCUGCGAAUGUGCGCCAUGUGAUGAGCACAAACUUUGCCAAUUACCCCAAAGGGUCUAAAUGGAGGGAGCAUAUGGAUGUUUUGGGGGAGACCCUUUUCAGUGCUGAUAUGGAAGAGUGGGAACAUGAAAGAAAACUUGCUCGUUGUUUCCUUAGUCACCACAAAUUCCAUGAUGCCAUGACUGAGAUUGUUUGGGACAGAAUACAGACGGGCCUCGUCCCUGUCCUUCGACAUAUUUCCGAACAGGCUUUAGUCGUCGACCUUCAAGAUUUGUUCCAAAAACACAUCCUGGACAUAGCUUGGAUUAUGUCCAUCGGCUACAAUCCCAACUCUCUGAGCACCGAAUCUCGAAAAGACAUGAUCUCCCAGGCUUUCGAAGAUUUCUGUGAAGCGGCAUUUACUCGUUUUUCAAUGCCCCAUAAUCUGUGGAAGUUACAUAGGUGGCUGGGAAUCGGCAAAGAAAAGAAACUUAAACAUGCUCGGGAAACCAUUGAUCAUGUCUUUGCAGAUUGCAUCUCUAAGAGAGACGAGGAUGGCUUCAAUUGCCAAGCCUUUUAUCACCGGACCUUCGGAUCAGCCACUACACGUAAAGGCAUGAGGGACAACGUUGUCAGUCUCAUAUUUGCCACGCAAGACACAACUAGUUCGGUUCUCACCUGGUUCUUCUAUAGUGUCGCCAAGCAUCCUUACGUUGAAGCUAAAAUCAGAGAUGAAAUAUCUGAAAGCAGCCCGCAAGAAUUGAAUAAAUUAGUUUACCUACAUGCAGCACUAUGUGAAACGUUGAGACUGUACCCACCAGGACCACUGCUGUCGAGAACAGCUGUCGAAGCAGACACACUCCCGAGCGGCCAUAGAAUCGAGCGAGGCACGACUGUUGUGAUUGCAGUACACGCCAUGGGAAGGAUGAGAUCAGUCUGGGGAGACGAUUUCCAUGAAUUCAAGCCGGAGAGAUGGAUCACCGAGCAUGGAGAGAUCAAACGCGUGCCACAUUACCAGUUUACGGCAUUCAGUGCAGGGCCGAGGAUUUGUCUAGGGAAGGAAUUAGCUUUCACGAUGAUGAAGGCGACCGCGGCAACGAUGAUAUAUAACUACGACAUUCAGAUUCUGAAGGAACACCCUGCUGAGCCGAAGAACAGCGUCGUCUUCCACAUGAAGCAUGGACUCAUGGCUAGAAUCAAUAACAGAUGGACUUGAUGAUUCCUUGCAUGCUGCUCAUCUCUAUCUAUUGUUUAUUUGC